AUGCGUCUCAAGUCCAUUAAGAACAUUGAAAAAAUCACAAACACCAUGAAAAUUGUUGCCUCUACCAGAUUGAACAAGGCCCAGAGAGCCAUGGCUGCCUCGAGAGUUUUCAACAAGUCUGACUCUGAAUUCUUCGAGAACGCUGAGCCUGAAAAGUCCGAAGACGAAAAGACAUUGUUGAUUGUUGUUUCUUCAGACAAAGGAUUGUGUGGUUCCAUUCACACCCAGAUCUCGAAGGCUGCCAGAAAGAGAUUCCUGGAGUUGAACGGUAAUGCUGACAUCGUCACUGUGGGUGACAAGGUUAGAGCUCAAUUGUCCAGAACCCACGCUGACAACCUCAAAUUGGCAUUCAAUGGUGUUGGUAGAGAGGCUCCUACUUUCAACGAGGUGGCUUUGAUUGCCGAUGAAAUUCAAAAAGUCGGAAAGUACGACAACAUCGAGAUUUUAUACAACAAAUUUGUUUCGGGUGUGUCUUUCGAACCUUCCAAGUUUGGUGUGUUUGCCGCUGAUGCCAUUGAAAAGGCUCCUGGUUUGUCCAAGUACGAGUUGGAAGGCGAAGAUGUGUCUUCUACUCUCUCGGAAUUUUCCUUGGCUAACUCUCUCUUGACUGCCAUGGCUGAAGGUUACGCUUCUGAGAUCUCGGCUAGAAGAAACGCUAUGGAUAACGCUUCCAAGAAUGCCGGUGACAUGAUCAGUUCUUACUCCAUUUUGUACAACAGAACCAGACAAGCUGUUAUUACCAACGAAUUGGUGGAUAUCAUUACUGGUGCUUCUUCGUUGGACUAG